AUCGCCGUCAACGUUCUCUCCAUCCUUUCCCAAAUGCUUGCAGCUCGACGCGUGCCUCGCAUAGCGCGCUCCUUCGCCACCGUCCCCGACAGCGCCGGUUACAAGGUUGCCGCUGUCGACGCAAACCAGCCGACAUCGUCCGUCACGUUCCUCGUAAAGGCAGGCAGCAGAUUCGAAACCAAGCCCGGCGUCGCCCAUGCUCUUAAAAACUUUUCCUUCAAGAGCUCAGCAUUCCGUUCAGCGUUGGGAACGAUUCGUCAGAGCGAACUGUAUGGUGGUGUGUUGUCCGCGUCGCUGGGUCGGGAGCAUCUGGCAUUGACGGCCGAAUUUCUCCGUGGUGAUGAGGAAUUCUUCGUCCAGCUCCUCGCCGAAUACAUCCAGUCCGCGAAAUUCACCCGCCAUGAAUUCCAAGAGUACGUUACGCCCGUCGUCGAGGCUGAGAGCACCGAAGCUUCAUCGGACCCCGCCGUUUACGCCAUCGAGCUCGCACACGCUCUCGCCUUCCGCAACGGUCUCGGUUCAUCCCUCUUUGCGACCCCGCAUAGCUCGCUCACGGUAGAAGACGUAUCUGCCUUUGCCAAGAAUGCCUUCACCCGGGAGAACAUCGCCGUCCUCGGCACCGGCAUCGACCAGGGUACCCUGUCCGAGCUCGUCCAGCGCUUCAGUGGUGCCGCAAAGUCCACAGGCGCAGCUUCCUCCACCUCUGCCUCCACCUACUUUGGUGGUGAGACGCGUUUGCAGUCUCAUGGCGGUCCGGAAACUGUGUUCAUCGGUUUCGGUACCACUGGGGCCCCUAGCCCUGAUCUUGCCGCGUUCUCCGCAUUCCUUUCCCCGACCCCAUCUAUCAAAUGGUCCCAAAGUCUCUCCCCCAUCGCCUCUGCCAUACCUGCCGGCACCAGUGUGCAGUCGGUGUACCUUCCUUACUCUGAUGCCAGUCUGUUUGGUCUUCUCAUUCAAGGCUCGAGCGGCGCGAGCGUGAAGGAGGCUGGCAAAGCCGCGGUCCAGGCCCUCAAGGCUGCAGCUAAGGGUCUCUCGAAGGAGGACGCUGCUAAAGCUGCUGCAAAGGCAAAAUUCGCAGCCGCUUCUGCGAUCGAAGGUCGGGACAGUCUUGUCAACAUUUUAGGAUCCAAGGUCCUUGCUGGCUCUGAUGCUUCCGUCAACACCGUACUUCAGCCGUUUGCCAGCGUCACAGCUGCUUCUCUUUCCAAGGCUGCUUCAUCGCUUGUCAGUUCCAAGCCGACCUUUGUUGCUGUUGGUGACAUUGCCAGCCUACCAUACGCCGAUGAACUGGGGCUCUGAUUUUAGAAGAGUUCAUGCUGUAUUCGUCGAAUAUAAAAACGGAAGUUUAGUGCACCGG